AUGACCAAGGGAACGAGCGUUGCAUCGCCGAGCGCGCGAUGGCGGCUGUGGUUGCGCUUGCGGUCGGGGCUGCUGCUGGUGGGGAUGCUCGUGGUGACGACAUCGUGGUGGCCCGUGGCACACGCCCGCUUCCCCGGCGUCGAGCAACGCUUCGUCGAGGAAAAGCUCAUCAACACGGGCUCCUUGGGCCUUCCCGAUGAUGGUCAGUCUCUUGCUGUUGCUGGCUCUCUGCAUCUGUUGCAGCGUCCAUGUCGGCUGUGUCCGCUCGGGCUCUCGUCCAUGCCAGAUCGGGGCCGAUGACUUGAUCGCAGCAGCAGACGAACAGCCUGUCAGCGGGCAGAUGCACCGUCUACAGCGUAUACCGAGCAAGCGCUCACCCGGCCUUCCCGCCGGUAACUUCUUUCUGCUCCACACCCCAGGGCUUGUCGCCGCUUUCGGGGAUUUCAACGGCGACCAGCUGCUGGACCUGUUCCACCUUUCCGCCACCCAGCGAACCGUUUCGGUCUACACCUGGAGCCGAGCUCAGUACAGAUGGCAGGAGCAGGUGCAGGCGAGGAUUCGUACCGCCUCGGACUUCAUCAUCACCAACAUCGUCCCCGGUGACUUCGACUACAACGGUCGGCUUGACCUCUUGCUCAUGGGUGGCAGUAAACCUGGAGGGUGGUGGGGCCACGACGAGUUGGCCAUCAAGGUCUUCCUGCAGCAACGCAAUGGCACAUUCGGUGCGUUCGCCCGUACCGGUUCAACAGAACAGACUUCGUUCCUCGGACCUGACCUGGUGCAAACGCACACGGCCCGUCCUUUGCCGAUCCUCACUCUCCAGUCGAAGGACCUCCAAUUCCGACCUCCGGCCUCCCACAGCCCACAAUCUUCGAUGUGACAGGCAGCAUGAGAGCCGAUCUACUCGGCGUUUCCACAAACUCAAAGACGACGCUCAAGCUCUGGAAGAACGUAUGGACAGAGACGGAUCGAACCAACCUCUUUGACCUGUGAGCUUAUUGCCAAGGUCGAGAAACUCAAAGAGCAGGGGACCACGGUCUGCUCUGCUACCUCCAUCCUCCUCAUCAUAAUGAACUACGUCUCUGCUCAGAGUCGAUCCACCAUUUAAAGGCCAAGAUUUCGAUUGCAGGCUACCCGAACCGCACUUCAAUGCUUUUGUGGACCUCGACGGCGAUUGUCUCGCCGAUCUCUUCUUGACCUGCCAGCCCGAUGAAGACGUACCCAACCGAUUAACCUAUCAGAUCUGGCUCAACGACAAACAAGGAAGUUAUCGGCUCGCCAGGGAGGGGAAUCUUCCCUACGGAACCAAAAGCGUCGGGUUCGCAGACAUGGAUCGUGAUGGAACCAUCGAUAUGGUCGUCACCUCGUGUUCGAGUCGAGGCGAAUGCACCCUGUCCGUCGCCUACAACGAACAGAUGCCGCUGUGUGGCGCCGAAACGACAGGAUCGGCGGCGUGCCGCGAGCCUGAUGCGCUUUGUGUUGCCGAUCCAAAGUUCAACUUCGACUUGUCAACCGCGUCGAAUCCCUCCUUCACUUCAAUACCCAUCUCAACCUUGCUUCCAGGCGCUACCUUGAUCACGCAAUCAACGUCGUUUCGUGGUUCGCAUCCCACGCCUCCCUCAAUCGGGGAUUACAAUAUUGAUGGCUACCCCGACCUAUUGCUAUUGACGACUCAAGCGGGUGAAGGGAGGAAUGUCAAGUUGCUGCAAUCUCGGCCGUGCGAUAAGGCCAGCUGCACGCCUGGAGAAGUGAAGGCGCGGAGGAGGGCCUUUGCCGAGGUCACAGCUGGCGCCGAGGUGUUGACAAAAAUAAGGGAUGCAGAAAGUGCCCAUUGGAUUGACAUAGACGACGAUGUGAGCCAACCUAGCGAGCCCAUAAUUUCACUGGACAAUGCAGCGGUGCUCGGUUACUAACAUAUCGGACGUCCGUUUCCAGGGAUCGCUCGACAUCAUGGUCCAGAGGAGCAGCUCGUCGGUUGCCACACGCAAAGUUGACUUCAUCAAAAACAACUUCUUCCAUGACGCCUUCUUCAUGAAAGCACUGAGUCAGUACUUCGGCACUUUUCCAAGUCAACACUCAGCUGACCCGAGAAAAUGUGCGUGGUGGCGCAAAUGCUGUAUCGCAGCCUUGAAUGGCGCAUGUCGAGCAUGGUGUGAGCCUGCCGGCGAGCCACGAUACCGGGUGAGUAGUCAUGCAAUGUGCCACAUACGGAUACUUCUGAUCAAAUAGCUCUCUGCAGCCGUAUGGGGCGAGCUACUCUGGGGCAUCGUACAAGUUUUCUGUGAUGGAUCCGACCGGCGCUCGGCGAUCGACUCAAGGUGCGUGCACGGGCCAUUAUAGCCAUGUCUCUCUCGCCUCGUGCGCCGCCCUCUGACGGGACGGUUCGCGGGUGGAGUGUGUUGCGCGCUGACCCCGUCUUUCAAAUUUCGGACCGCUGCAGUCGCCCAGUUGCCGCGUUCGACCUAUAUGUCACUGGGUACGCCGUAUUCGUAUUUUGGGCUCGGACGCACGAACAACUACGUCGAGAAUCUCUUUAUUGGCGUGACUCGCCAUCAAGACCAACACUUCAUCAAUAUCGAAGGCCUGAUCCCCAACUCGCAGAUCGUCAUCGUACCCUGGCAGCCUGAUUGGGCCAGCGAUCCGAGUUCGUGGACGCGAGAGCUGUUUCUGCACCCCGGCGACUGGAUCCCAUGGGUCACCAUCGUGUUGGGCGCGGCAACACUGCUCUUGGGGGCGAUCGUCGUGUCGUUGCAUUUCAACGAGAAGGUGGGCACAGCUUUCCGAGUCCUGCAAGCGCUCCCCGACGUCGGAGUGCGCACGCUGAUCGCGCUUUGUUCCCUUCGUUCGCUCGUGUCGGUUCGCGGUUCUCCUCUCCGUGCCCCUUUCCUGCGAUAA